AUGGCUUCACGGCUUCAACGUCAACAGAAAAAAGUACAACCGGUAACGAGACGAGCAACAACAAUAAAUUAUUUUUCGCUUUUUAACGAAGAUCAAAUUAAAGAAUUUAAAGAAGCAUUUUCAGUAAUUGAUCAAGAUCAUGAUGGUUUUAUUAGUUCAGCAGAUUUAAGUGAUAUGUUUACAUCGUUAGGUGAAAUUAAUUUUGUUACUUUUCUAAUGCUGUUUGGUCAAAAGUUAAUGGGAACAGAUCCAUCUAAUGUGUUGAAAAAUGCAUUUUCGAUUUUCGAUACUGGCAUAUUUACAGUUUCAUUCUCCAAUUUACGCGAAGCACUAACGAAUUAUGGUGAUCGUUAUACGGAAGACGAGAUCGAAGAGCUAUUUCGUAAUGCACCGAUAGAAAACGAUUUAUUCGAUUAUAAUGAGUUCAUCAAAUGUUUAACACAAGGUUCGAAAAUUAAUAAUCCAGAAGCAGAACGCUGA